AUGCCAAUUGCAAAUAUAGACUGUUCACCAGUACAUACACUACUACAAGACUCAGAACCGCAAACAAGCUCAAACGUAAUAUCAACAAAAUAUGGAUCAACCCUACUAGAAAUUCAAGGAGAUUUAAACCUACCAUCACAUAAACCUACAUGUUCACUCCAAGAAUUAUCACCAGAAGAUCAAGCCAAAAUGUCAAAUUUCAUAACAGUAGAUAAAAUAUAUGAAGCUAUAAAAUUCGGUCAUUUAGAGUUCGACUCAAAGGAUGAAUCAAAAGUCACUUUAUUCAUUGGUAAAAGUCAACGAUUAAUUGGUAAUAUAGUUAAAUUAGAUACACCUUUGGGAAUAUUGAAAAUACCGAGAAAGCUACAUGAUGAUAGUGAUAGUGAUGGUAUGGAUGUUGAUGAGGAUAUACGGAUGAUUGAUAUUAUACGGGCUAAAAUGAUUUUUAAACAACGUCCUUUACCAAUAAUGUAA